AUGGCGAUAAUAUCGGCAAACACAAUGAUUCGCAGCAUAGCCUUGUUCCACAUCACACUAGCCGUGGUCCUGCUCAAGAAUCCCGCCUUGAUAUCAAAGCAAGGCGUCAUUGUGCUACUGGGAGAGUCAAUGCAACUCCCAACUCCCCGCGAUUUUAACAAACCCUCUGCAGCCACAGCCUUCAUAGCCAUGCUCUUCGCCUUCCUCGGUCUCAGCGACCUUACCGCCCUCUCCCUUCAUGAAGACGUCUUCGACCAGUUCUGGGGCCUCCAGGCGCCCGUACGUCUUCUCUUCCUCUUUGGCCUCACAGCAUACACGUAUAUAUUCAAAGAAGGCGGCAUGUUUGCGCCCAGGGGCAUGGACUUCAGGAUGAGUGCCGGCGCCCAUCUGAACAAUAGCUUUGUCUUCACUUUUGGCUUCAUGGAGGUUUCGGCUUGGUUUUGGGUGUUUGCUACGUUGAGGGAAGAGAGGACAGAGAAGGCGAAGAAGAUGGCCGAGAAGUUGGCCAAGGAGAAGGACGUGCUAUAG